AUGGGUAAUUAAACUUCUUAUGUAAAUGAACAAGUGAUUUCAAUGGAUGGCAAAUUAGAAGAUAAUUUAGAAUGUAUUGGAUCAAAGUAACACAAAUAUUUAGGAUUAAUAUAAUUAUGGAGAAGAGAUUCAAAAAGUAAACCGUCAAUCUUUUCAAAAGUAUAUAUAUAUAUAUUUAUAUUAAUAAGUUAUCUCAUAGUGGUUAAAGACAUGAUGUAAAUAUAAAUGAACAUAAUGAUAGAAAAAAAGCAAAUCAUCCAAAUAUUUUGUAAUAUUAUGGAUGUUAAUCAAAUUAUUUAACAUUUAAAGGAAAUAUAUAAUAAACGAAAUUCUUUUUUGAAUAUAUUCCAAAUACUUUAGAAAAUGUUAUAAAUUUUCAUAAAAAGAAUUGUAGUUAUUUAGAAGAAUGUGAAAUUUGGAAAGUAAUUAAUAUUAUGAAAUCAUAUAGAUAAUUUUACAAAUAGUUUCUGCUUGUUCAUUUUUAUAAAAAUUAGAUUUAUUUCAUGGAGAUUUGAAUCCAUAAACAAUCUUUAUUGAUAAUGCUAAAUAAGUUAAAAUAUUGGUACUUGAAAUAAAUAACAAAAUAGUAUCAUAAUGCAUAUCCAGAAAUAAUUACAUCUUAUUCUAAAUUAUUAGCAUAUUCUGAUGCUAGUGUUUACAUAUCACCAUAAUAAUUAGAUGCCUUAGUGAACUAAUCAGUAACACCUUAAGAUGAUCCAUUAAAAACAGAUUCAUUUUAAUUUGGACUCACUUUAUUGGAAUUAAUGACUAUGACAUCAAGUAUUCUAUAAUUAUUUAUAAUGAGUUUUGGAAGAUUGUAUAGAUUAUCAAAGAAAAACCAUAUAUUAUAAAUCUAUUAUGGAUCUAUUAUCAUCAGCAAGAAAGAGAUACUCUUAAUAAUUGAUUAAUUUAGUAUAAAGAUUGAUAACAUUUGAUGAAUAAUUAAGACCAACACUUUCUGAUAUCCUUUUUGAUACUAAUUUCUAAUAAUAAGGUAGUACUUUUCUACCUUAAUCUAAAAUAAGAAGAUAUACAUCACCUCCUAGAUAACCUGAAAGAACUAAUUCACCUCAACCUGACAUGGGAUUUAGUAGUAAAUCUCCUGCUUUAAGAGACUUUUCAAUUCAAUCAUAUUUUAGAACUCCUUUAUAAAGAAGUGUUUCUCCAGUAUUAGAUAGAUCUGGAAAAUAUUUAAGUCCUGCUUAAAGUAGAAAUACAACAGCAUUAAGUGCUUUUUAUAAAACUCCAAACAAGUAAACAAUAUUGAUGUAAAGUCAAACUCCAAUCAAUAAUGACAGAGGAAGAAAGCUUAAUACUGUUACUGAAAAUUCCAGAAAUGUUUUAAUUAUAAGUAGAAGCCCAGUAUAAAAUUAAUCUAGAAAAACAUCAUUUUAAAUCUCUUCAAAUCACCAACCUGCUUUAAAACUUGUUACUCCAUAAUAACAUACUGGCUUUUUACCUCCAUAUCAAUAAGCAUUUUAUCAAGAUAAAGUUAAUUAGAAAUAGGUCAAUCCUUAAUAAAAAUUUUCUUAAACCCUCUAACAUUUUGUUUAACCUUAUAUCAAUAACUAAGAGAACUUUGGUAAUACUUUACCAAAAUCUGAAUCUGCAUACUAUUCAAAACCAUAAGAUGCUUCAUUUUAAUAAUAACAUUCUAUACAACAAUAAUAAUAAUAGUAAUAGACUAUCCAUUAAAAUCACUAGCCACAAUCUGCUAAUCCAUUUGGUAAAACACCAUAAAAAGUGCCAUAAAAGGGUAUAAAUUUACUAUCCCCACUUUCAAGUAAUAAUAAAUGA